AUGAUGCUACCCCAGUGGCCGCUGCUGCUCCUUCUCCCCUCCUUUCUCUUCGUCCUCACCAGGUGUUCAUUUUCUCCAACAAACAAGUUUUUGGACCUCAAGGAGUUUUGCUAUCGGAAUCAGGAUUGCAAGUCUGGGUGCUGCCGCCAGGCUCCAAAAACCUGCGAGGCGCACUGCACGGAGAAGGGGUCCGAGGGCAGCUUGUGUCAAGUGCAGGCAUACUUUGGCCAAUAUAGAGAGUGUCCCUGCCAGUGGAACCUGACUUGUGUGUAUCCUAAGAAAGAGAAAUGGCUUGGCAUCACCUAUGGCUUUUGUCAGAACGUUGCAUAG